AUGUCACAAAUUAUCACGAGAAAGGUGUUCACGUAUUCCAGCGCUUCAACACAGCACCCGAUCGAAAUAACAGGCGAGGAGGACACCAUCCUAAAUCCAGAAACGUUUCCUUCGAGUUACGAAGCAGCAGUUGCAGAAAGUCCACACAGUGAAAUAGACCAAGGAGGUGGAAUUGCCUUCAAAAUUCAUGGCAGUAAAGAUGCUAAUCCAGCAUAUACAAAACAAAGUUCAACAAAGAUCGUUCGGACACUAGUUACGAAUAAAGAAGAGAAGAAACAGCUCGCCAACGAGGCAGCGCUGAAUAUUACAACAACAGUAAAUUCUAAUACUGAACAAAGGCUUGCGAAAUUACAAGAAAAUAUUCAAACAACGAAUAGACACUCAACCAGUGCAGCCAACGAAGACCCUGGAAAACACACCAACGUGGACUCUACUAAUAUAACAGCUACCAGCAGACGAAGGUCAAAAACGAGUUACACAUACAGAGUUCAUGAUGGCAUAGCAGUGUUGGAAAAUGUAACAAGAUACCAGCCUGAAACGCAAACAAUCACAAACUUUGCGCGCGAAAAACCAAAACAUACAGAGAUAUCCAAUGUAUCCUUUGAAAUAAAUACAGAAGACCUGGCAACAAACCAAGACCAUGACGUUCAAAAACAAAACACUUUCAGAACAAAUCUGGCCUUUCAAUCCAAGCCCAAGACGAUAUUUACGCAAAUGGAUAUGGUCUCUAAAUCAGAAAAUAGAGCCGUAAGAGAAAUAUCUGGUAAUCGUCAUACUGAGGGCAUUGGCCAACCAUCAACAGACGCAGAAAAAAGGAAACAACUAAAAUUAACCACCCGAACUACGGCAUACCAUGCCACAGCACAAAAUUCAUCCCAAGGAGAAAGGCAACUUAUUGACACCCCCCAAGAAACCCAGAAAUCACCAAAAUACUCUUACUCAGUCACAAGCCCAGGCCCUUCUCAUAAGAUUUUUGGAUCAGAGGUCUACGGAGAAAAAUCAAUAACACAACCGCAGCACCAAAAAGAGCGUCUCCCAUCAACCAAUACAAAACAAAUAACGACACAGCACCAAACAACAAAUAUAUCUGACUCUGGAAAACUUAUAAUUCCCAAUUUUACUCAAUACACUUCAACCAAUCAGGUAAAACUAUGUGAGCCAACGCCAAAGGACAACAAUGUCAAAAGUGACGAAAAAGUAAAAGACCUCAACACUGAGGAGUGGGUAACACAGGUAGUUACUCAGAAAGAUCUCCGUUCAGAAAAAUCACUGCCACCAAAUAAGCUCUCAGCAUAUAAAAUGCAACUUCUUCACAACCAAGAUACACAGCCCGAGAAAAACCUCGACAAAUCCAGCCCUGGAAGACUUGUCAUUCCCGACUUUAAUCAAAGUACUUUCACAGCAGAAGUCAAAGAGACCACGCCAUCGCCCAAAGUCGACAAACUCAAAACUGAAGAGUGGAGAACACAGGUAGUUACCAACGAAGAAUUCAGAUCAGAACCAACUCUCCAGACAAACAGGCUCUCAGAAGAUAAAAUGAAAUUUCUUCACAACCAAAAUACACAGCCCGAGAAAAAUCUCGACAAAUCCAGCCCUGGCAGACUUGUCAUUCCCGACUUUAAUCAAAGCUCUUUCACCACAGAAGUCAAAGACAUUAAGCCAUUGCCCAAAGUCGACAAACUCAAAACUGAAAGGUGGGCAACACAGGUAGUUACUCAGGAAGAUGUCAGAUCAGAACAACCUUCACAGGCAAAUAGACUGUCAGCAGAUAAAAUGAAAUUUCUUCACAACCAAGAUACACAGCCCGAGAAAAACCUCGACAAAUCCAGCCCUGGUAGACUUGUCAUUCCCGACUUUAAUCAAAGCACCUUCACCACAGAGGUCAAGGAGACUAAGACAUCACCCAAAGUCGACAAACUCAAAACCGAAGAGUGGGUAACACAGGUAGUUACUCAAGAAGAGAUCAGAUCAGAACCACCUCUCCAGGCAAACAGAACAGAUAAAAGACUGUCAAGCAGAUACACAGACCGAGAAAAAUGACAAAUCCAGCCCUGGAAGACUUUCUUUACAACCAAAACAAAUACACAGCACAGAGGUCAAAGAAAACCAUCGCCCAAAGCAAAUCCAGUGGGCCCAGGUAUUUACUCAGGAAGAGGUCAUUUCAGAGACUUUAAACAAAAUGCAAUUUCUUCCAACGAGAUAGAGGUCGAGAAAAAGAGACUGAACCAUCGCCUAAAGUCAACAAAUUUAAAAUUGAAGAGUGGGUAACACAGGUAAUUACUCAGGAAGAAGUCAGAUCAGAGCCACCUCUCCAGGCAAACAGGCUGUCAGCAGAUAAAAUGCAAUUUCUUCACAAUCAAGAUACACAGCCUGAGAAAAAGCUCGACAAAUCCAGUCCUGGAAGACUUGUCAUUCCCGACUUUAAUCAAAGCACCUUUACCUUAGAGGUCAAAGAGACUAAGCCAUCACCCAAAGUCGACAAACUCAAAACUGAAGAGUGGCUAACACAGGUAGUAACUCAGGAAGAGGUCAGAUCAGAACCACCUCUACAGGCAAACAGGCUGUCAGCAGAUAAAAUGCAAUUUCUUCACAAUCAAGAUAAACAGCCCGAGAAAAAUCUCGACAAAUCCAGUCCUGGAAGACUUGUCAUUCCCGAAUUUAAUCAAAGUACUUCCACCACAGACGUCAAAGAGACUAAGCCAUCGCCCAAGGUCGACAAACUCAAAACUGAAGAGUGGGUAUCACAGGUACUUACUCAAGAAGAGAUCAGAUCAGAACCACCUCUCCAAGCAAACAAGCUGUCGGCAGAUAAAAUGCAAUUUCUUCACAACCAAGAUACACAGCGCGAGAAACAGCUCGACAAAUGCAGCCCUGGCAACCUUCUCAUUCCCGACUUUAAUCAAAGCACCUUUACCACAGAAGUCAAAGACACCAAGCCAUCGCCCAAAGUCGACAAACUCAAAAGUGAAGAGUGGGCAACACAGGUACUAACUCAGGAAGAGGUCAGAGCAGAACCACCUCUACAGGCAAACAGGCUCUCAGCAGAUAAAAUGCAAUUUCUUCACAACCAAGCUACACAGCCCGAGAAAAUGCUCGACAAAUCUAGUCCUGGCAGACUUGUCAUUCCCGACUUCAAUCAAAGUACUUUCACCGCACAGGCCAAAGAGACUGAGCCAUCGCCCAAAGUCGACAAACUCAAAGCUGAAGAGUGGCUAACACACGUAGUAACUCAGGAAGAGGUCAGAUCACAACCACCUCUACAGGCAAACAGACUGUCAGCAGAUAAAAUGCAAUUUCUUCACAACCAAGAUACACAGCCCGAGAAAAACCUCGACAAAUCUAGCCCUGGCAGACUUGCCAUUCCCGACUUUAAUCAAAGCCCCUUUACCUCAGAGGUCAAAGAGAGUAAGCCAUCGCCCAAAGUCAACAAACUCAAAACUGAAGAGUGGAUAACACAGGAAAUUAUCCAGGAAAAAGUCAGAUCAGAGGCACCUCUCCAAGCAAACAAGCUGUCAGCAGAUAAAAUAGAGUUUCUUCACAACCAAGAUACACAGCCCGAGAAAAAGCUCGACAAAUCCAGUCCUGGUAGACUUGCUAUUCCCGGAUUUAGCCAAAGCACUUUCACCACAGAGGGCAAAGAGACUAAGCCAUCGCCCAAAGUCAACAAACUCAAAACUGAAGAGUGGGUAACACAGGUAGUUACUCAGGAAGAAGUCAGAUCAGAGCCACCCCUUCUGGCAAACAGGCUGUCCGGAGAUAAAAUGCAAUUUCUUCACAAACAAGAUACACAAGCCGAGAAAAAGUUCAACAAAUCUAGCCCUGGCAGACUUGUCAUUCCCGACUUUAGUCAAAGCACUUCCACCACAGAAGCCAAAGACACUAAGCCAUCGCUCAAAGUCGACGAACUAAAAAGUGAAGACUGGGUAACAGAGGUUGUUAUUCAGGAAGAAGUCAAAUCAGAGCCACCUCUGAAGGCAAACAAGCUGUCAGCAGAUAAAAUACAAUUUCUUCACAACCACGAUACGCACCCCGAGAAAACGUUCGACAAAUCGAGCCCUGGGAAACUUGUCAUUCCCGACUUUAAUCAAAGCACUUUCACCUCAGAGGUCAAAGAGACUAAGUCCUCACCCAAAGUCGACAAACUCAAAACUGAAGAGUGGCUAACACAGGUAGUAACUCAGGAAGAGGUCAGAUCAGAAUCACCUCUACAGGCAAACAGGCUGUCAGCAGAUAAAAUGCAAUUUCUUCACAACCAAGAUACACAGCCCGAGAAAAUGCUCGACAAAUCUGGUCCUGGCAGACUUGUCAUUCCCGACUUUAAUCAAAGUACUUUCACCGCACAGGCCAAAGAGACUGAGCCAUCGCCCAAUGUCGACAAACUCAAAGCUGAAGAGUGGGUAACUCAGGCACUUACUCAAGAGAAGAUCAGAUCAGAGCCACCACUCCACGCAAACAGGCUCUCAGCAGAUAAAAUGCAAUUUCUUCACGACGAUGAUACACAGCCUGACAAAACAUUUCAGAAAUCUAGCCCUGGAAGACUUGUUAUUCCCGACUUUAGUCAAAGCACUUUCACCACAGAGGUCAAAGAGACUACGUUAUCGCCCAAAGUCGACAAACUCAAAAGUGAAGAGUGGCUAAAACAUGUGAUUACUCAGGAAAAAGUCAGAUCAGAGCCAUCUCUCCAAGCAAACAGGCUGUCAGCAGAUAAAAUAGAAUUUCUUCACAACCAAGAUACACAGCCCGAGAAACAGCUCGACAAAUCCAGCCCUGGUAGACUUGUCAUUCCCGACUUUAAACAAAGCACCUUUACCUCAGAGGUCAAAGAGACUAAGCCAUCGCCCAAAGUCGACAAACUCAAAACUGAAGAGUGGCUAACAAAGGUAGUAACUCAGGAAGAAGUCAGAACAGAACCACCUCUGCAGGCAAACAGGCUGUCAGCAUAUAAAAUGCAAUUUCUUCACAACCAAGAUACACAGCCCGAGAAAAAGCUCGACAAAUCCAGUCCUGGUAGACUUGUUAUUCCCGAAUUUAGCCAAAGCACUUUCACCACAGAGGGCAAAGAGACUAAGCCAUCGCCCAAAGUCAACAAACUCAAAACUGAAGAGUGGGUAACACAGGUAGUUACUCAGGAAGAAGUCAGAUCAGAGCCACCCCUUCUGGCAAACAGGCUGUCCGGAGAUAAAAUGCAAUUUCUUCACAACCAAGAUACACAAGCCGAGAAAAAGUUCAACAAAUCUAGCCCUGGCAGACUUGUCAUUCCCGACUUUAAUCAAAGCACUUCCACCACGGAGGCCCAAGACACUAAGCCAUCGCUCAAAGUCGACGAACUAAAAAGUGAAGACUGGGUAACAGAGGUUGUUAUUCAGGAAGAAGUCAGAUCAGAGCCACCUCUGAAGGCAAACAGGUUGUCAGCAGAUAAAAUGCAAUUUCUUCACAACCAAGAUACGCACCCCGAGAAAACGUUCGACAAAUCGACCCCUGGGAAACUUGUCAUUCCCGACUUUAGUCAAAGCACUUUCACCUCAGAGGUCAAAGAGACUAAGCCAUCGCCCAAAGUCGACAAACUCAAAACUGAAGAGUGGCUAACACAGGUAGUAACUCAGGAAGAGGUCAGAUCACAACCACCUCUACAGGCAAACAGGCUGUCAGCCGAUAAAAUGCAAUUUCUUCACAACCAAGAUACACAGCCCGAGAAAAGGCUCGACAAAUCCUGUCCUGGUAGACUUGUUAUUCCCGAAUUUAGCAAAAGCACUUUCACCACAGAGGGCAAAGAGACUAAGCCAUUGCCCAAAGUCAACAAACUCAAAAGUGAAGAGUGGGUAACACAGGUAGUUACUCAGGAAGAAGUCAGAUCAGAACCACCCCUUCUAGAAAACAGGCUGUCCGGAGAUAAAAUGCAAUUUCUUCACAAACAAGAUACACAAGCCGAGAAAACGUUUAACAAAUCAAGCCCUGGCAGACUUGUCAUUCCCGACUUUAAUCAAAGCACUUCAACCACAGAGGCCCAAGACACUAAGCCAUCGCUCAAAGUCGACGAACUAAAAAGUGAAGACUGGGUAACAGAGGUUGUUAUUCAGGAAGAAGUCAGAUCAGAGCCACCUCUGAAGGCAAACAGGUUGUCAGCAGAUAAAAUGCAAUUUCUUCACAACCAAGAUACGCACCCUGAGAAAACGUUCGACAAAUCAACCCCUGGGAAACUUGUCAUUCCCGACUUUAAUCAAAGCACUUUCACCUCAGAGGUCAAAGAGACUAAGCCAUCGCCCAAAGUCGACAAACUCAAAACUGAAGAGUGGCUAACACAGGUAGUAACUCAGGAAGAGAUCAGAUCAGAACCACCUCUACAGGCAAACAGGCUGUCAGCAGAUAAAAUGCAAUUUAUUCACAACCCAGAUACACAGCCCGAGAAAAAGCUCGAAAAAUCCAGUCCUGGUAGACUUGUUAUUCCCGAAUUUAGCCAAAGCACUUUCACCACAGAGGGCAAAGAGACUAAGCCAUCGCCCAAAGUCAACAAACUCAAAACUGAAGAGUGGGUAACACAGGUAGUUACUCAGGAAGAAGUCAGAUCAGAACCACCCCUUCUAGCAAACAGGCUGUCCGGAGAUAAAAUGCAAUUUCUUCACAAACAAGAUACACAAGCCGAGAAAAAGUUCAACAAAUCUAGCCCUGGCAGACUUGUCAUUCCCGACUUUAAUCAAAGCACUUCCACCACAGAAGCCAGAGACACUAAGCCAUCGCUCAAAGUCGACGAACUAAAAAGUGAAGACUGGGUAACAGAGGUUGUUAUUCAGGAAGAAGUCAGAUCAGAACCACCUCUGCAGGCAAACAAGCUGACAGGAGAUAAAAUGCAAUUUCUUCACAACCAAAAUUCGCACCCCGAGAAAACGUUCGACAAAUCGACCCCUGGGAAACUUGUCAUUCCCGACUUUAAUCAAAGCACUUUCACCUCAGAGGUCAAAGAGACUAAGCCAUCGCCCAAAGUCGACAAACUCAAAACUGAAGAGUGGCUAACACAGGUAGUAACUCAGGAAGAGGUCAGAUCAGAACCACCUAUACAGGCAAACAGGCUGUCAGCAGAUAAAAUGCAAUUUCUUCGCAACGAAGAUACACGGCCCGAGAAAAGGCUCGACAAAUCCAGUCCUGGUAGACUUGUUAUUCCCGAAUUUAGCCAAAGCACUUUCACCACAGUGGGCAAAGAGACUAAGCCAUCGCCCAAAGUCAACAAACUCAAAACUGAAGCGUGGGUAACACAGGUAGUUACUCAGGAAGAAGUCAGAUCAGAGCCACCCCUUCUGGCAAACAGGCUGUCCGGAGAUAAAAUACAAUUUCUUCACAGGCAAGAUACACAAGCCGAGAAACAGUUCAACAAAUCUAGCCCUGGCAGACUUGUCAUUCCCGACUUUAAUCAAAGCACUUCCACCACGGAAGCCCAAGACACUAAGCCAGCGCUCAAAGUGGACGAACUAAAAAGUGAAGACUGGGUAACAGAGGUUGUUAUUCAGGAAGAAGUCAGAUCAGAACCACCUCUGAAGGCAAACAGGCUGUCGGCAGAUAAAAUACAAUUUCUUCACAACCAAGAUACACAAGGCGAGAAAAAGCUCAACAAAUCUAGCCCUGGCAGACUUGUCAUUCCCAACUUUAAUCAAAGCACUUACACCACGGAAGCCAGAGACACUAAGCCAUCGCUCAAAGUCGACGAACUAAAAAGUGAAGACUGGGUAACAGAGGUUGUUAUUCAGGAAGAGGUCAGAUCAGAGCCACCUCUGCAGGCAAACAAGCUGACAGGAGAUAAAAUGCAAUUUCUUCAAAACCAAGAUACGCACCCCGAGAAAACGUUCGACAAAUCGACCCCUGGGAAACUUGUCAUUCCCGACUUUAAUCAAAGCACUUUCACCUCAGAGGUCAAAGAGACUAAGCCAUCGCCCAAAGUCGACAAACUCAAAACUGAAGAGUGGCUAACACAGGUAGUAACUCAGGAAGAGGUCAGAUCAGAACCACCUCUACAGGCAAACAGGCUGUCAGCAGAUAAAAUGCAAUUUCUUCACAACCAAGAUACACAGCCCGAGAAAAAGCUCGACAAAUCCAGUCCUGGUAGACUUGUUAUUCCCGAAUUUAGCCCAAGCACUUUCACCACAGAGGGCAAAGAGACUAAGCCAUCGCCCAAAGUCAACAAACUCAAAACUGAAGAGUGGGUAACACAGGUAGUUACUCAGGAAGAGGUCAGAUCAGAACCACCCCUUCUGGCAAACAGGCUGUCCGGAGAUAAAAUGCAAUUUCUUCACAACCAAGAUACACAAGCCGAGAAAAAGUUCAACAAAUCUAGCCCUGGCAGACUUGUCAUUCCCGACUUUAAUCAAAGCACUUCCACCACGGAAGCCCAAGACACUAAGCCAGCGCUCAAAGUCGACGAACUAAAAAGUGAAGACUGGGUAACAGAGGUUGUUAUUCAGGAAGAAGUCAGAUCAGAGCCACCUCCGAAGGCAAGCAGGUUGUCAGCAGAUAAAAUACAAUUUCUUCACAACCAAGAUACGCACCCCGAGAAAACGUUCGACAAAUCGACCCCUGGGAAACUUGUCAUUCCCGACUUUAAUCAAAGCACUUUCACCUCAGAGGUCAAAGAGACUAAGCCAUCGCCCAAAGUCGACAAACUCAAAACUGAAGAGUGGCUAACACAGGUAGUAACUCAGGAAAAGGUCAGAUCAGAGCCACCUCUGCAGGCAAACAAGCUGUCAGCAGAUAAAAUACAAUUUCUUCACAACCAAGAUACGCACCCCGAGAAAACGUUUGACAAAUCGAACCCUGGGAAACUUGUCAUUCCCGACUUUAAUCAAAGCACUUUCACCUCAGAGGUCAAAGAGACUAAGCCAUCGCCCAAAGUCGACAAACUCAAAACUGAAGAGUGGCUAACACAGGUAGUAACUCAGGAAGAGGUCAGAUCAGAACCACCUCUACAGGCAAACAGGCUGUCAGGAGAUAAAAUGCAAUUUCUUCUCAACCAAGAUACACAGCCCGAGAAAAAGCUCGACAAAUCCAGUCCUGGUAGACUUGUUAUUCCCGAAUUUAGCCCAAACACUUUCACCACAGAGGGCAAAGAGACUAAGCCAUCGCCCAAAGUCAACAAACUCAAAACUGAAGAGUGGGUAACACAGGUAGUUACUCAGGAAGAAGUCAGAUCAGAGCCACCCCUUCUGGCAAACAGGCUGUCCGGAGAUAAAAUACAAUCUCUUCACAACCAAGAUACACAAGCAGAGAAAAAGUUCAACAAAUCUAGCCCUGGCAGACUUGUCAUUCCCGACUUUAAUCAAAGCACUUCCACCACAAAAGCCAAAGACGCUAAGCCAUUGCUCAAAGUCGACGAACUAAAAAGUGAAGACUGGGUAACAGAGGGUGUUAUUCAGGAAGAAGUCAGAUCAGAGCCACCUCUGCAGGCAAACAGGCUAUCAGCAGAUAAAAUACAAUUUCUUCACAACCAAGAUACGCACCCCGAGAAAACGUUCGACAAAUCGACCCCUGGGAAACUUGUCAUUCCCGACUUUAAUCAAAGCACUUUCACCUCAGAGGUCAAAGAGACUAAGCCAUCGCCCAAAGUCGACAAACUCAAAACUGAAGAGUGGCUAACACAGGUAGUAACGCAGGAAGAGGUCAGAUCAGAACCACCUCUACAGGCAAACAGGCUGUCAGCAGAUAAAAUGCAAUUUCUUCACAACCAAGAUACACAGCCCGAGAAAAAGCUCGACAAAUCCAGUCCUGGUAGACUUGAUAUUCCUGAAUUUAGCCAAAGCACUUUCACCACAGAGGGCAAAGAGACUAAGCCAUCACCCAAAGUCAACAAACUCAAAAGUGAAGAGUGGGUAACACAGGUAGUUACUCAGGAAGAAGUCAGAUCAGAGCCACCCCUUCUGGUAAACAGGCUGUCCGGAGAUAAAAUGCAAUCUCUUCACAAACAAGAUACACAAGCCGAGAAAAAGUUCACCAAAUCUAGCCCUUGCAAACUUGUCAUUCCCGACUUUAAUCAAAGCACUUCAACCACAGAAGCCAAAGACGUUAAGCCAUCGCUCAAAGUCGACGAACUAAAACGUGAAGACUGGAUAACAGAGGUUGUUAUUCAGGAAGAGGUCAGAUCAGAGCAACCUCUGCAGGCAAACAAGCUGUCAGCAGAUAAAAUACAAUUUCUUCACAACCAAGAUACGCACCCCGAGAAAACGUUCGACAAAUCGAACCCUGGGAAACUUGUCAUUCCCGACUUUAGUCAAAGCACUUUCACCUCAGAGGUCAAAGAGACUAAGCCAUCGCCCAAAGUCGACAAACUCAAAACUGAAGAGUGGCUAACACAGGUAGUAACUCAGGAAGAGGUCAGAUCAGAACCACCUCUACAGGCAAACAGGCUGUCAGCAGAUAAAAUGCAUUUUCUUCACAAACAAGUUACACAGCCCGAGAAAACCCUCGACAAAUCCAGUCCUGGUAGACUUGUUAUUCCCGAAUUUAGCCAAAGCACCUUCACCACAGAGGGCAAAGAGACUAAGCCAUCGCCCAAAGUCAACAAACUCAAAACUGAAGAGUGGGUAACACAGGUAGUUACUCAGAAAGAAGUCAGAUCAGAACCACCCCUUCUAGCAAACAGGCUGUCCGGAGAUAAAAUGCAAUUUCUUCACAACCAAGAUACACAAGCCGAGAAAAAGUUCAACAAAUCUAGCCCUGGCAGACUUGUCAUUCCCGACUUUAAUCAAAGCACUUCCACCACGGAAGCCCAAGACACUAAGCCAUCGCUCAAAGUCGACGCACUGAAAAGUGAAGACUGGGUAACAGAGGUUGUUUUUCAGGAAGAAGUCAGAUCAGAACCACCUCUGAAGGCAAACAGGCUGUCAGCAGAUAAAAUACAAUUUCUUCACAAUCAAGAUACGCACCCUGAGAAAACGUUCGACAAAUCAAACCCUGGGAAACUUGUCAUUCCCGACUUUAGUCAAAGCACUUUCACCUCAGAGGUCAAAGAGACUAAGCCAUCGCCCAAAGUCGACAAACUCAAAACUGAAGAGUGGGUAACACAGGUAGUAACUCAGGAAGAGGUCAGAUCAGAACCACCUCUACAGGCAAACAGGCUGUCAGCAGACAAAAUGCAAUUUCUUCACAAACAAGAUACACAGCCCGAGAAAAAGCUCGACAAAUCCAGUCCUGGUAGACUUGUUAUUCCCGAAUUUAGCCAAAGCACUUUCACCACAGAGGGCAAAGAGACUAAGCCAUCGCCCAAACUCAACAAACUCAAAACUGAAGAGUGGGUAACACAGGUAGUUACUCAGGAAGAGGUCAGAUCAGAAACACCCCUUCUGGCAAACAGGCUAUCCGGAGAUAAAAUGCAAUUUCUUCACAAACAAGAUACACAAGCCGAGAAAACGUUCAAGAAAUCUAGCCCUGGCAGACUUGUCAUUCCCGACUUUAGUCAAAGCACUUCCACCACGGAGGCCCAAGACACUAAGCCAUCACUCAAAGUCGACGAACUAAAAAGUGAAGACUGGGUAACAGAGGUUGUUAUUCAGGAAGAAGUCAGAUCAGAACCACCUCUGAAGGCAAACAGGCUGUCAGCAGAUAAAAUGCAAUUUCUUCACAAUCAAGAUACGCACCCCGAGAAAACGUUCGACAAAUCGAACCCUGGGAAACUUGUCAUUCCCGACUUUAGUCAAAGCACUUUCACCUCAGAGGUCAAAGAGACUAAGCCAUCGCCCAAAGUCGACAAACUGAAAACUGAAGAGUGGCUAACACAGGUAGUAACUCAAGAAGAGGUCAGAUCAGAACCACCUCUACAUGCAAACAGGCUGUCAGCAGAUAAAAUGCAAUUUCUUCACAACCAAGAUACAGAGCCCGAGGAAAUGCUCGAUAAAUCUAGUCCUGGCAGACUUGUCAUUCCCGACUUUAAUCAAAAUACUUUCACCGCACAGGUCAAAGAGACUGAGCCAUCGCCCAAAGUCGACAAACUCAAAGCUGAAGAGUGGGUAACUCAGGUACUUACUCAAGAGGAGAUCAGAUCAGCGCCACCACUCCACGCAAACAGGCUGUCAGCAGAUAAAAUAGAAUUUCUUCACAAAGAUGAUACACAGCCUGACAAAACGUUCGAGAACUCUAACCCUGGAAGACUUGUUAUUCCUGACUUUACUCAAAGCACUUUCACCACAGAGGUCAAAGAGACUACGUUAUCGCCCAAAGUCGACAAACUCAAAAGUGAAGAGUGGGUAACACAAGUGGUUACUCAGGAAAAAGUCAGAUCAGAGGCACCUCUCCCAGCAAACAGGCUGUUAGCAGAUAAAAUAGAAUGUCUUCACAACCAAGAUACACAGCCCGAGAAAAAGCUCGACAAAUCCAGUCCUGGUAGACUUGUCAUUCCCGACUUUAAUCAAAGCACUUUAACCACAGAUGUCAAAGAGACUACGUUCUCGCCCAAAGUCAACAAACUCAGAAGUGAAGAGUGGGUAACACAAGUAGUUACUCAGGAAAAAGUCAGAUCAGAACCACCUCUCCAAGCAAACAAGCUAUCAGCAGAUAAAAUGGAAUUUCUUCACAACCAAGAUAUACGGCCCGAGAAAAAGCUCGACAAAUCUAGUCCUGGUAGACUUGUUAUUCCCGAAUUAAGCCAAAGCACUUUAACCACAGAGGGCAAAGAGACUAAGCCAUCGCCCAAAGUCAACAAACUCAAAACUGAAGAGUGGGUAACACAGGUAGUUACUCAGGAAGAGGUCAGAUCAGAACCACCCCUUCUGGAAAACAGGCUGUCCGGAGAUAAAAUGCAAUUUCCUCACAACCAAGAUACACAAGCCGAGAAAAAGUUCAAGAAGUCUAGCCCUGGCAGACUUGUCAUUCCCAACUUUAAUCGAAGCACUUCCACCACAGAAGCCCAAAACACUAAGCCAUCGCUCAAAGUCGACGAACUAAAAAGUGAAGACUGGGUAACGGAGGUUGUUAUUCAGGAAGAAGUCAGAUCAGAGACACCUCUGAAGGCAAACAAGCUGUCAGCAGAUAAAUUGCAAUUUCUCCACAACCAAGAUACGCACCCCGAGAAAACGUUGCACAAAUCGAGCCCUGGGAAACUUGUCAUUCCCGACUUUAGUCAAAGCACUUUCACCUCAGAGGUCAAAGAGACUAAGCCAUCGCCCAAAGUCGACAAACUCAAAACUGAAGAGUGGCUAACACAGGUAGUAACUCAGGAAGAGGUCAGAUCAGAACCACCUCUACAGGCAAACAGGCUGUCAGCAGAUAAAAUGCAAUUUCUUCACAAACAAGAUACACAGCCCGAGAAAAUGCUCGACAAAUUUAGUACUGGCAGACUUGUCAUUCCCGACUUUAAUCAAAGUACUUUAACCACACAGGUCAAACAGACUGAGCCAUCGCCCAAAGUCGACAAACUUAAAGCUGAAGAGUGGGUAACUCAGGUACUUACUCAAGAGGAGAUCAGAUCAGAGCCACCACUCCACGCAAACAGGCUCUCAGCAGAUAAAAUUCAAUUUCUUCACAACCAGGAUACACAGCUCGAGAAAACAUUCGAGAAAUCUAGCCCUGGAAGACUUGUUAUUCCCGACUUUAGUCAAAGCACUUUCACCACACAGGUCAAAGAGACUACGUUAUCGCCCAAAGUCGACAAACUCAAAAGUGAAGAGUGGGUAACACAAGUGGUUACUCAGGAAAAAGUCAGAUCAGAGCCACCUCUCCAAGCAAACAGGCUGUCAGCAGAUAAAAUAGAAUUUCUUUACAACCAAGAUACACCGCCCGAGAAAACGUUCGAGAAAUCUAGCCCUGGUAGACUUGUCAUUCCCGAAUUUAACCAAAGCACUUUCACCACAGAGGCCAAUGAGACUAAGCAGUCGCCCAAAGUCGACAAACUCAAAACUGAAGAGUGGGUAACACAAGUAAUUACUCAGGAAAAAGUCACAUCAGAACCACCUCUCCGAGCAAACAAGCUAUCAGCAGAUAAAACAGAAUUUCUUCACAACCAAGAUACACAGCCCGAGAAAAAGCUCGAAAAAUCCAGUCCUGGUAGACUUGUUAUUCCCGAAUUUAGCCAAAGCACUUUCACCACAGAGGGCAAAGAGACUAAGCCAUCGCCCAAACUCAACAAACUCAAAACUGAAGAGUGGGUAACACAGGUGGUUACUCAGGAAGAGGUCAGAUCAGAACCACCCCUUCUGGAAAACAGGCUGUCCGGAGAUAAAAUGCAAUUUCUUCACAACCAAGAUACACAAGCCGAGAAACAGUUCAAGAAGUCUAGCCCUGGCAGACUUGUCAUUCCCAGUUUUAAUCAAAGCACUUCCACCACAGAAGCCAAAGACACUAAGCCAUCGCUCAAAGUCGACGAACUAAAAAGUGAAGACUGGGUAACAGAGGUUGUUAUUCAGGAAGACGUCAGAUCAGAGCCACCUCUGAAGGCAAACAAGCUGUCAGCAGAUAAAAUGCAAUUUCUUCACAACCAAGAUACGCACCCCGAGAAAACGUUCGACAAAUCGAGCACUGGGAAACUUGUCAUUCCCGACUUUAAUCAAAGCACUUUCACCUCAGAGGUCAAAGAGACUAAGCCACCGCCCAAAGUCGACAAACUCAAAACUAAAGAGUGGCUAACACAGGUAGUAACUCAGGAAGAGGUCAGAUCAGAACCACCUCCCCAGGCAAACAGGCUGUCAGCAGAUAAAAUGCAAUUUCUUCACAACCAAGAUGCACAGCCCGAGAAAAAUCUCGAAAAAUCCAGCCCUGGCAGACUUGUCAUUCCCGACUUUAACCAAGGCACUUUCACUACAGAAGUCAAAGACAAUAAGACAUCGCUCAAAGUCAAGAAAUUCAAAACUGAAGAGUGGGUAACACAGGUUGUUACCCAGCAAGAAGUCCGAUCAGAACCACCUUUCCAGGCAAACAGGCUGUCAGCAGAUAAAGUGCAAUUUCUUCACAACCAAGAUACACAACCCGAGAAUAAGCUUGACAAAUUCAGCCCUGGCAGACUUGUCAUUCCCACCUUUAAUCAAAGCACUUUCACCACAGAGGUCAAAGAGACUAAGCCAUCGCCCAAAGUCGACAAACUCAAAACUGAAGAGUGGCUUACACAGGUAGUUACUCAAGAAGAAGUCAAAUCAGAACCACCACUUCAGGCAAACAGGCUGUCAGCAGAUAAAAUGCAAUUUCUUCACAACCAAGAUACACAGCCCGAGAAAAAGCUCGACAAAUCCAGCCCUGGCAGACUUGUCAUUCCCGACUUUAAUCAAUGCACUUUCACCACAGAAGUCAAAGACAUCAAGCCAUCGCCCAAAGGCGACAAACUGAGAACUGAAGAGUGGGUAUCACAGGUAGUUACGCAGGAAGAAGUGAGAUCAGAACCACCCCUCCAGACAAACAGGCUGUCAGCAGAUAAAACGCAAUUUAUAGACAGCCAAGAUACAGAGUCGAAGAAGAAUCUGGACAGUUCC